ACUCUCCUCAAAAAAACGUGUUAUUUUCCCCCAAUCCCCCUUUUCGCCCUCUCAACCCUAUAUCCUCACCCUCCGGGAAAAAAUCAUUUAUUGUGGGUUCUCCUGCUCUCCCACCCUCCCUACCUCACCAGAACAGACGCGCGCCGUCGUGCCUUGCUGGCCGUGUUGGUGAGUCGGGCCCUCAUGGUCUCUCCAGUCCCCGGAAGGAAGAGAUACAUUAAAGGCCCCUGCACGAGCCAGUAUAUCCCACACAUUUGCUGGACCCUCAUAGCGUGUUCACGUCCCAACAAUGCUUGCUCUCUAUCUUUUAUUUAUAAUGCGUGUACCCUCGCGUGGCGUAUCUAUCAUCAUGCUGCACUUCACGAGGAUGUGCUGGACUUAUGAAAUGAAGAAGGAUCGUGCAGAAUGGUGCAUGCCACAAGUCUAAACGACACCGUGUCUUCCCGCCUAAAAUUGUCAAAAGCGUUGCAUACUGCGCUGUGUUGCGCUUGCUUAUACGAGAUCGUGCACGUAAAAUUUCGAAAAGUUCAAAACGUGACCACAUAAUAUCUUUACCAAAUGAGGCAAUUGAAACGCGUGUGUUUGUUUGACUUAAGUGUGGUAUCGUGCUGGAUUAUGUAUUCCAAAAUUUAAUUGUUUGGCCAGCUUUGGUGUGAUUAUGUGUAACCUAUUUGGUUAGAGGAAUUUAAAGUGAUUUUUUUUUUUACUGCAUCUUCAAAGAUUGUGAUGGAUUGUUCUUGCCUGCGCCGAGCAUUUUACGUACAAGAACCAAUUACUUGUAUCGACUGAUUUCAAAAUGCUGUAAGCAGUGAUCACAUUGGUUCUAUCGACAGGGUGUGCCAACUUUAACACGUCUGUGGCCGUUUAUUGACCUCAGAAAACAUCACCACUUCUUUUAUGUGCCGGAUUGGAUUAAACCGCCGUGUCGAUGGCGUCGCUCAGUCUGUGCACUCUGAGCGCCAGCCAUGGCGAGCCCUGGCGAAAGCGUUGUCCCUGAGGCAGCGCCGCUCCCCGUGCCCCCCGCCCCGCGUCUGGUCGAGCCUGAAGGUCCAGUGACGCGACAGCUGGCCCGCGAGGGUCAUUUGAUGAGGAACAUCGUCCGGAACAUGGUAGCGAACAUGGAGUAUGUACUCAGCGACCUUCAAGGCAUCAUGGGAGACAUCCAAUCCCUCGUGGUUCAAAUCGACUCUGUAACUGAGAAGAUAGACCAACAGUGCGGCACAGGCCCUGGCUCUCAACGAAGAGGGACUUCUCAAAACCAACACGUGGUACAAAAACCGAGAUGUGUGCAUGGCGUUCAAAGUCCUCAUGGGUGGUCAACAUCAUCGCCGUCAGGAGUUGAGUCUUCGAAUGGGCCAGCCGCCGCGGCACUGGGGCAUGGCAAUCGUAGAACGACGGCACUGCCCGUAGAGAGUAGUCCAAAACACGAGGCAUUCUCUCCCUCAGUGAUUGCAAGCAGUGCCCAAUAUUGUGCAGUAGAUAGCAACUCGUCUGCAACACCCAACAACGAAUCGUCGGAGAAGUGGAAACGGGGUCAAAGGUUAUCUUAUCAUAGACCUCGGGAGCAGCGGGGCAAAAAACACGCCGAUUCUCGAAAGAGCUGGCCAAAUGAAAUCCGCCAGCCUGUAGAACAUUGGAGAAAAGGCAACUCUACUUUUUCGACUCCUUCGGGUUGUAUUGCUGUUGUUUACCCCACCGUUGGUCAUUCCAGAAAAGUAGGACAACCCUCUGGAGAGCAGGGUCCAGGGAAAGUGCUGCCCAGUGUCCAACAUUCGCGUCCUUGCGUUGAUGAGGCCAAAGUAUGGGCCAAACUGAAUUUCUCUGCUAGUAGAAAGUCCUCCAAGCAAGAUCUUGGGAGAGACAGUGACACUCGAUCCAGGACCAUACGAUCAGAAAGAAUAUAUGAAGAAAUUUCACCCACUAAAGCCAAACCUCAGCGCAGGUCCAUUGUAAACCAGUUUUUUCAGCCAGAAACUCCAACAGGCCAACGGUCACCUGUAAUACACCCGGGUAUUGUACAAAGGGCGCACAUUGUGAAAAAACCAAGCGUAGAAGGUUGUGGUGGAGAGGCAAACUUGGGACACCCAAGCCCAGUGUCGAAGCGAUUCUCUGGGAACUUCCUGGCUUCCAGUUCCGGUAGCCAGCGUGUCCAGAGGUCGGGGCCAGACAGUCCGAUCAGUCCAUCUCGUCAGGGGACGGCGGAUGAGGCUCAUCUGUACCACAGCUUGGAGAGUGACCUCGACUCAGAAGUCUCAGACUGCCCGGAUGUUCGGAGCCUGACGCCCGACAUAGACUGGUCUUACCUCAAUCUGGUGGGAGAUGAUGGAUAUGAAGUAGCCAUAGUGCCGGCUUCUUACAGGCAGAGAGGAAGACAGUUUUUGCAACAGCGCUAUCCACUCCUCCAAACCAGCCCUGACAUCGUGUCCAGACUAUCUCAGGUCCACAGCAGCUUCAGUCGUAAGGCGACCAUGGCGGCACCUUCAGGCUUGUCCACUCCUCCCUACCCAGCACCUCCACCUGGAGGUAUGGACAAGAUCUACUACAACCCUGUUGUAACACAUGUCUUCUGCAACGAAGUAGUCACUUCUGAUGGCUAUUGCGGCUGUUAUGAGGCAGUUCUCGACUCCGUCCUCGAGAAUAUUUCGGGUUUUGAGUCCAGCGAAGAAGCUGGGGACGAGUUUGAAGAGGCUAUCCACGAGACUUACGUCAGUUUCGAUAACGACUUCGAGGAGGAUGAUUGGGACAUGGGUCUGAGACACGAAGAACCGGAAUACCCCGAAGGCGGCAAUUUCUUUGCAGACUUUGCACUGGAUGACCUUUACCAAGACCUUUUCUCAAACACCAGCAGCGACGAAGAUGACUAUAGCACCCACGAGACCCAAGUGCUAACUGCAAACUUUGCUGGUUACAAAGAGAAAAAUGAAGCUAAGGGCUAUGUCGCGUGUUGCAAGGUAGAAUAUCAACAAACCCUAAUCGUACAGGAAGGUCAGACGUCUGAAAGUGACAAGCGAAGUUCAACCCCCGACCAUUCGGAAAACAAUUCUGAUCAAUCUAUGUUACGAUACGACGAACUAGAAUUCCCGCCAAAAUCAGGAAACUCAUUCACAGACGAUGACUGUUGUGCUCUUAAGUCUGACUCUGCAGAAUGUCAGCCAAACUUCAGCCUGUGGCCACGUCCUUCUGUGGGCCCGCUUCCGGUUGACAGUUGCAGUAUGACGUCAGUACGUGACAAGCAUGCGCAGUCAUCCACGUCAUCAGAGGACACCUCCACAUCGCGUGAUGAUGCGCACGGUAGCGGCUCCUCCAAUUCCAACAUGUCUUUCAGUUCGCCAGAUUUGGUCGCCUGCUCGCCGGACACUGACGUUUUCGCUACGUCUUCUGAUGCAGACGACUUGUUUCGAUCACAGGAAGAGGAGGAGAGCCCUUCUCCUUUCGGGGACGAUGCGUCACCCCGCAUGACAGCUCACAGACAGAACAUGAUGCAGCUUCGGAAAGACUUCUUCGAUUCGCUCUGCACUACAACAACGAUGACCACGACGGGGGCCACGCGGCCUACCCAACUCGUGGAUGGACAUCAAACUCCAGCGCCGGUUUGUGAUAACAGUGACCGACUGAGAGGAGACAACUUAUCCGACACUGGCAGCUACAGUGAAACUACCAGCAGCAGCUACAACCGAAACCUCAACACCUGGACAGCAUACGCCAUGGUCCACAUGCAGGCUGAUGACGUGUCAGAUACCGCCUCUGACAUCAUCAAUGACAAUGGUAUCAGCUGCAGCAUGACGUCCUCGUACCUGGACAUGUCGUCGUCCUAUAUAGACGCUGACAACAUCAGCAUUACGCAAACCGGGCAGGGUUUUGGGUUCUGAUUCUUGUGGGCGCUGCGCCCUGUUUUCCUUCCUAUACCAAACCGUAAUAGUAAUAUAAAAGCUUUGCAGCAGCAGCAGAUGCGGACCAUUUGUGUGUGUGUGUGUGUGUGUGUGUGUGUGUGUGUGUGUGUGUGUG